AUGCGGGCCCUGUCGCUGUCGCGAUCGCUGUCGCGGGCGCUGUCUCUGUCGCUGUCGGUCCGCGCCUGGAGGGUCCCCCCGCGGCGGCACAGCGGGCACGGCGCGCAGCGGCCCCCGCCGCAGCAAAAAGUGUCGGUGGAAGUGCUGGACCACCUGGAGCACCUGGCCCUGGUGGAUUUCCGUGACUCGGAGGGUGUGGAGCGGCUGCAGAAGGCAAUCGAGUUUGCUGAUCAGCUUCAUGAAGUGAACACCGACGGCGUGGAACCCAUGGAUUCAGUCCUGGAGGACAGGUGUCUGUACCUCAGAGAAGAUGAUGUGACAGAAGGCAACUGCACCAAAGAGCUGCUGGAAAACGCCAGAGAGAAAGUAGAGGAGUAUUUUGUAGCCCCACCAGGUAACAUCCCUUUACCAAAGCUGGAGGAACGAGACACUUUUCUGCAAGGCUCUUAGUGACAGCCCAGAGCCCAAACACCCUUCCACUGUUUUAUCUGGGAAAAUGAAGUUUUGUGCCAUCACAACUGAAAUACCCUGGCCUGUAUUUUGGUCAAAAGAAGAGCACUUGCAAGACAACCUACAGAAGAGGGAAGGUGUAAAAAUUUAGUAACACUACUGAAAUACUCAGUGUCUGUGGAGCUGGAAGGCAGGUGACCUUAGUGCUUUUGUUUAGCAAAAUUAAUUUCACCUUAUUCUUGAAGAUACCAAGUGGCUUAAAGGCUUUAAAGGGAACAUUGAAAGGUAAUGAUUAAAAAAAAAAACAACACACAAACAUUUUUCCUCAACAACUUUGUUGGAGAAACGAGAGGUUGGAAGGCUCUAUUUUUGUAUUUCCCAUCUGUAGCUCAACUCUGGCUCUGACCUGUCAGAAUUAACAAAGUCUGGUGUGGAGGAGGAGUCUGUAACAUUGCUGAGUAUCUCUGUGACAUAUGGACAGAACUCAGGGUUCCAUUAUUGGAGAAAAGGCACUUUGAGAAGAUGAAUCAAAUAUUUUGCUUGCACUGAAUUAUUUCUACUUUAUUUCUGUUCUUCAUGUCUGUCUGGGUUACCUUCUAUUUCCCACUUUGUAUUUUUAUCCUCGUAAAUUAAAUAACUGGAAUUGUACAUAAUUUGAGAAAGUACUUUUCAAACACAAAAAUAUGUGUUCUAAAAUAGAAGGUGGUUGCAAAGAA